AGCAGCGGAAAGAGCAAGAUACGAGGCGACUUAUGCAAGGAGAUAGCCCACGACAGACUCUAAGGAAGAAGAUUCUGCUUAAUUGUGUAGGCCUGCAGUAACUUUUCAAAGUCACCUGAUGCUGCUUUGAACUUGACAAGGUGAAACGGAGAACAUUUCUUCCACGUUUCUUCAAGCACGCGCACGAUGCUUCCGAGUCCUGUGACCUCCACUCCGUUUUCGGUAAAGGACAUCCUGAAACUGGAGCAGCAGCAAGCGCUAAACCCUGGGGUAUUCAUGGGUGUUGAGCAGGACUCUGUGCCGCUGCAGUCGCUUCAGCUUCAGUGUAUGCAGAACACCCUGAGUCGGAGUCUGGAUCUCCUUUACAGCCCGGAGAAAGGGAUCCCCGGAGAACAGGUGAAAUGCGACGACUUUGACAUCGUCAGAAGCUCAUGCGGAUCUCCAACGGAAGAGGAGAUGGAUGCAAACGAAGAAACAAGCAUGUGUCCAUUUACCGACUCCAGUUACAGCAGUAAAAACGGCGAGACACUCCGGGAGAAACCGAAGCAGAGGCUGCGCAGGAAACCGCGGGUGCUUUUCUCCCAAACUCAAGUGUUUGAGCUGGAAAGACGCUUUAAGCAGCAGAGAUACCUUUCGGCCCCGGAGCGUGACCACCUGGCUCUUGCACUGAAGCUCACAUCCACACAGGUCAAAAUUUGGUUCCAGAACCGGAGGUACAAGUGUAAGAGACAGCGGCAGGAUAAAUCCCUGGAGCUGGCCGGCCCGCGGAGGGUGGCGGUGCCUGUGCUGGUGCGCGAUGGCAAACCCUGUCACGGAGCUCCGUACAAUGUCACAGUAUCAUAUCCCUACAAUAACUAUUACAACAGCUAUGGAAAUAACCCAUACCACUGUAACUUCACUUCUGUGCCAUCAUUUGCCAACACGAGUCAAAUACCCAAUCACUUUGUGGACAUGAAUCUGACAACGGGAAGCGUUGAUAGCAUCAGAACUUGGUGAGACAUCAGAGAAGAACUUGGAUUAAAGACUCUUUUAUCAAAUGGCACUGGACUGGAGGAUUUAAGAAACACUGUCAUUUGCUUUAGAUUGUUGACUAAUUUUAUAUAAAUAUAUAUUUGUUUUUAUAUUUGUGGUUUACAAAACAACACCAAAUAAAGAAUUAAUAUUUAAUA